AACCCAGCUCAGAGCCAUUGUACACCCAUGAUGAGGCCAAAAGAGCCAAAAGCUACCUCCCCCGCUUCUACCUUCUAUAAACCUCCUCCACGCCACCUUCCUCCUUCCUCAUUUGCAAACAUUCUUCUUUGCUGCUGCCUUUUCCUCUCUCCUUCAUAUCUCUCGUUUUAUUUCCUACUACUUUUUUCCUUAGAGAUCGCUCGAUCUUUGUGAUCUUUUUCUUCCCAAUUCGAUUUUGCAAACUUGAUCAUCUUCUUUAUUGCGUAGUAGACGCGUUGACAGUUUCUUAAAUCCUCUUUUAAGUUGCGUGGUUUAUGCACAGCAUUGGCAGCUUCUCUCUUCUGUUUGGGUUGUGCAUCUCGUCGGCGCAGAAGCCAUGUCCACGGUCGGGAGCGGCAGCCUUAGCCCGCCGGCCGCGGCGGCGUCGUCGCCGCCGGCGGUGGUGGAGGACACGAGCAGCCACUGGGCGCCGCACGGGCCGGUGCUGACGGCCUGCGUCGUGGGCAUCAACGUGCUCAUGAUCCUCCUCAUCUUCUUCUUCUUCUGGCGCUACUUCUCCGGGAAACGGCGGGGACCGUCGUCCGCGUCAUCCGGCGACGACGACGGCGCGUCGUCAUCCGCGUCGCUGCCCGUGGCCUCCCCAUGGGCAUGGGCGGCGUCCCGCCACCAGCGGCGCAGCAGCAAGGACCACGGCCCGCAGCCGGUGGACGACGUGGCGUCGGCGCUGCCCGUGUACGUGUACUCCAGCAGCGCCGGCGGUGGCGGCGAAGGCGAAGGCGGGGGGAGCGGGAACGGGAAGGCCCCCGAGUGCGCGGUGUGCAUCGUGGAGCUCCGCGACGGCGACUCGGCGCGCCUCCUCCCGCGCUGCGGCCACCGGUUCCACGCCGACUGCGUCGGCGCGUGGCUGCGGCUCCACGCCACGUGCCCGCUUUGCCGCGCCAGCGUCGUGCCGCCACCCAGAGCGGCGGCGGCGGCGGCUGACGAUGAGUCCAUGGACGACGCCAAGGACGACGGCGGCAGCGGCGGCGGCGCGGAUUGUCCGGUGUGAGGCGCUGUGACGGCGCUGACUGCUCUGGCAGUGCCAGGCAAGGCAAGCAGGCGGAGCACGUAAGCGGCGGAUGGUGAUGGUGGCAGGCAUCUUUCGGCGUUGGUGUCCUUGUCUGCGCUCGAUAGCAGCAGCAGCAUAUGCUGAUGAGUGAUGAGUGAGUGCAUGCAUGCUCCAGGUGACCGACCAGCAGCUGGAAAUUACUAGUAAAAGGACAGGUAGGUGGAGACGUUCGUCGCGGUUCCUCCCCGUUCUGUUGUGUUAAUUAAGUUUCUUAAUUGUCAGGGAUUAUUACGGAAUAUAGGUAUAUGGAGUCAUAUAAAAGUACAUGUAUGUGAGAUGCUUAUAUGAUUAUUGGAUUUUGUGAUGAGAUACAAGUAUGUUUUUUUUUU